AUGUUCCAUUCUCACCGUCUCAAAGCUGUUGUCUACCUCAACCAUCUUUCUUCAACUCCAAAAUCUCACCACCUUCUUCACUCUCUCAAUCCCUUCUCCACCACUUCAGAUUCCUUCACCCUAUCCUACUUCACCAACAACUGUGGCUUAUCUCCACAAGACGCUCUCAAAGCCUCAAAACGACUCCGUCUCACUUUCACCACACCCGAAAAACCCAACUCCGUUAUCGCCUUCUUCAAAACCCAUGGUUUCUCCAUUCCCCAAAUCCAAUCCAUCAUUCUCAAGAACCCCCAACUCAUCCUCUCCAACCCCACCAAAACCAUUCUCCCUAAGUUUCAAUUUUUAGCCUCCAAAGGCGCUUCUCCCUCCGACAUAGUCGCCGCCGUCACCAGAAGCUCUCGUUUCCUCCGUGUAAGCCUCGAGAAACAUAUUAUCCAUGCUUUUCAGUUGGUGGCAUUGGCAACAGCAGCAAAAGCAAAAUUACUUCUUCGUGAGCUAAAAACCGUUAAAGCGGAUUUAGCAUUUGCUAAAGCGCGCUGUGCUCAACUUGAAGAAGAAAAUAAAUUACUCAGGGAACGAGAAGGAAGCGAUAAGGGACUUAUCCGUGAUGAUGAUGAUCUGAUGAUGAUACAGCCAAUGCGAAAGCGUUCCAGAGACAGGCCUCGUAAGUCAGAAACUGAUGAUGCAGACUGGCCAGAGAAGCCAUUGCUGCUAACACAGGGACCAACCAAAAACAAGAGGUAUCAGAACGGUCAAACUAGAGGUCUAGGGAGGCCUCCUAGGGUAAUUCAAGAUACUGAACAAUGUGAAGAUAAGUUAAAGAAAAAAGAAGAGAAGUUAAGGAAGAAAGAAGAGAAGUUGAAGAAAAAAGAAGAGGAGUUAAUGAAAAAAGAUCAAGCUAAGCUGCAUGACCGUGAAGAGAAAUUAAAGAAAAAAGAUGAAGCUAAGUUGCAUGACCGAGAAGAGAAAUUAAAGAAAAAAGAUGAAGCUAAGCUGCAUGACCGUGAAGAGAAAUUAAAGAAAAAAGAUGAAGCUAAGUUGCAUGAUUGUGAAGAGAAAUUAAAGAAUGAAAAUCAAGCUGGUCGUGGUCGAGGUCGUGGACGAGGUCGUGGUCGUGGUCAAGGUCAAGGGAGGGCUCCUAAGCCCAAGGUAUGUGAUACUGAUGCACCAGUUGCUGAAGCCACAACCAUUUGA